AUGGCGAUUCGGCGUGGUGGACGUAGGACAGGGGCCGAGACAUCUUCGGUUGGUACCUCUCCCGAGGUUCCGGCAGCAGAGGACGAGUCGGCGGCGGAGGAGAAGCGAUCCAACUGGGUCAUGGACAUCUCCAGAGCCGUUCGGUUGGUGACUCAGUCUUUGUUUCCUGUCUUUCACAUCUCCGUGAAGCCUUUGCCAGACGUUCCGACCACCAAUCGCCGGAUCAUGGCAGGGUACUUGGCGCAUCAUGACGACUCAGCGACCACCUCGGUCCUCUACUGCGAACUGCACCCACAACUCGGCGAGAAGGCACGGCUGGCCCUCUACGAGAACGAGUCCUGCAAGGUAUGCCUGUCAGAGAUCUCUGUGACCGCUCGCACCUCUUGCACUGAGAAGGUCGGCAUCAGUUGCACCUGCUUCACCAUCGAGCAGCAUCUUUUUUCCUCAAGGAGCAUUGCCGAGAGGAAGCUUUGGCUUAGGGCGAUCUCGAACAUCAAGGUGAAGUUGCAGAACGGUGCCCCGGAUGCGCACCACGAAGACUUGUACCAGUACCGCGUUGCGAUCCUGGAGCAUGCGAAGCAAACCGGUUGCAAUGACAGUCAGGCCAUCAUGGAUGCGUUGCUCAUGCGGCAUGCGAAGAAGUCCGAUUUUCCGGCGAUGCCCUUCGGAUACAACGAGGACGGCUUCUUCGUCGAGCCUGCCCCGCCUGACGUGGAGGGUGGCUGGCAGCAGCCGGGCAGCCUUGGGCUGCCGGCGGCCAUGUCCCCUGCGAAGCAACCUGAUAUGGCGGGUGCCGGUGACUACCCUGUCGAAGGAGAGAUCGAGACCCCUCAGUCCAGUCGCUCACCGCACUCGGCUCCCCGGGUCGCUGCAGGUCUGCAACUCGAGGGCAAAAUGGGCCUUUGA